CAGGUAACACCCGCUUCCCUCCUCCCAUUCCCAAUCCCAAUCCCACGAGCGGCGAACCACCCACCGGUAUAUAUCGGUACGUCGUCCUCCUCAUUUCCCCACCCAAACCCUACAACAGAAGCGAUGGGGAGGCUCUCCAUCCCUCACCCCCACCGCCUCCUCCUUCCCUCCCCCUCCCCCUCCCCUCUCCAUCCCCCCUCCAAUGCUUCCACUAUCCCCAGGCGGAGCCGCUUCUCUCCCUCCGCGCAUCGGCAAAUCAGGUCGGAGUUGUCCUUGUCGUGUGGAAGUCAUCUCAUACCGCACCCAGCAAAGGUCGAUAAGGGCGGAGAGGACGCCUUCUUCGUGACCAAUCACAAUGGUGGAAUUCUUGCGGUAGCCGAUGGUGUUUCCGGGUGGGCGGAACAGAGCAUCGAUCCUGCACUCUUUUCGCAAGAGUUGAUGGCAAAUGCUUCCGGGCUAGUUGUUGAUGAAGAGGUCAGUUAUGAUCCUCAAGCUCUCAUGAGAAAGGCUCAUGCUGCAACCUCCUCUGUAGGUUCAGCUACUGUUAUAAUUGCAAUGUUGGAGAAGGACGCAACCUUAAAAGUAGCAAAUGUAGGAGAUUGUGGACUUCGACUUAUACGAAGAGGGCAAGUAGUCUUUGCGACAUCUCCACAAGAACAUUAUUUUGACUGUCCUUACCAAUUGAGCUCUGAGAAAAUUGGACAAACAUAUCAGGAUGCCAUGGUAUGUACUGUUGAGUUGAUGGAAGGAGAUAUAGUUGUCAUGGGCUCGGAUGGCCUUUUCGACAAUGUCUUCGAUCAUGAAAUAAUUUCUACUGUCUCUGGGUCUCCAGAAGUGGCCGAGGCUGCAAAGAUACUAGCCAAUUUAGCAAGUAAUCAUUCGAAGGAUCCAAAUUUUGAUUCACCAUAUUCCAUGGAAGCCAGGAGUAGGGGCUUUGAUGUACCCUGGUGGAAGAAAAUUCUUGGAAGAAAAUUAACAGGGGGUAAGCUAGAUGAUAUCACUGUUAUCGUUGGGCGAAUAAUUAGCUCAUCAGAUAGCAGAGAGGUGGGCUAUGAAACCACUUAGUUUUGUGGUGAGUUACAGAUGUGAAGAUUUUGGAAUGAUUAAAAUUUACAUUAGAGUGCAAGUGGCUCCGAAGAAACUUCUGUUUUAAGAACAGAAAUUUAUUUCGGUCGGAGGCUACAAUGUCAUUCUAGCUACUAUACGUGGAGACAUAAGGUAAAUGUUUGGGAAAAAAAGAGAGUAUAUAAUCCACUUGAUGGUUGUUCAUACACUGCUACACCUGCUUAUGUUUGCAUCUAUGUUCCAAACAAGAUACUUUGGCUCCCUGGAUGAGAAUAUGACCAAUCAGUAGAACUAAUGACAGAUUGCUGCUUAGAUUUCUUUUCA